CCUCAUCCUUCACCCCUGCACCGUUUUGGACAAGCCCAGCUUGAAACUGUGUGUGUGUGAGAUAAUUAAUGAUUGGUCCAGAGAAAGAGGAAUAGAGCCUCGCCCCUUUCAUUCACCCUGUACUGCCUGUGUGAUAGACACAUCCAGUGUUCCCUUGACAACCAUUCUCCCUACCAAAUCAGUAGAAUCACUGUAGACCCCUCCCUUCCCAAGCCCUCUGCUUCCUGUGCCAUUUCCUGUGUGCUCUUAGCUGGAUGAAUAGGAUUAUUAUUCAUUAUUAUAUUUGACUUUAAUCGUAGCUCUUAACUCUGAAUUUGUGUCUGUCUUUUUUAAGCCCGUUUUCAGUCAUCCAGGCACUAGUUCACCAGAUUGUUAGAGUGGAGUGGAUAAGGCACUGUAUGUCCUCUAGGGAAGCGUGAGGUCCCUGAGUUUAGUAGUGGAAGUUUGCUUAUCCCUGUUUGCCUCCCUUGCCCUCGGUGCUAAAUUACACCGUGGCUAUUUAGCAAUAAAGGCCAUUUGUACUAACCUCUCUAGCCCCCUCAACAACAUCUCUCUAGCCCCCUCGACAACACCUCUCUAGCCCCCUCGACGACACAGACAGACAGACAGACAGACAGACAGACAGACAGACAGUUAAACAGUUCUUAUAUAUUUAAACACACACACACAGUUAAUUAUAUCUUGCUAGCACCCUAACCACUGAAGCACUAUCACAAGAUGGACAUACUCACGAGGGGUCCUGUCGAUAAAUAACAUCUAAUCUAAUACUCUCUGGGCUAACAAGAUUAGAAGCGUAGUCUGACCUGAUUUGGGAAAGGAAAGAGACUCGGUACCUUAUCUACUCCACAUCAAGAGAAGAGAAACGGUGUAGGCUUGGAGGUGGAAGUAUAUGUUUAGUAUUUGUGUGUGUGGAGUUUGUGUACUCUGUGUGUUUGUGUGUAUAUAGGACAGUUAUCUCAGAACAUUACAGUAUUGUACACAACUUGGGGUGUUGGACAUUUCUCUCCUGCAGCGAAUUGGCCCCUAUUAGCUAAGCAGCAAUGACCCGCCCAGUAUUUUAAAGCCAGGAUAACAUUGGGCACCGGCUGCUUCAGAAACAUGGCUGGAAGCUGGGGCAGGGACUGGGCAAAACCAUGCAGGGUAAGGUUUGUUGGAUUCCCUCUGUAUGUCUGUGUGUGUUUCUCCCACUCUCUACAAUUGACCUCAAUGUAACGCCGCCCUUUACAACGCAGGCUAAUACUGGCCUCCCUCGGCUUCCUCCUCUUGUCUUUAUAAAACCACUAAACUAUUAUUUCACUUUUCACAAUCUGCUCACAAGUACCUACAGUGCUUUGAUUCUAAGUACGAAAACCCAGACAAAUCCAAUUAAAAUCAAGGUAGAUCCUAGUAACCAAAGAUUGCAUCACAUCCUGUAGAAUCACCAGCUCCAAGUCUCUUUAGAUUUGUGUUUGUCCCUUUGAGUGUCUGUGGCUGCCAUGGUUGGGGGUUCUGAUUGGCUGUGACCACGGCUCAGUCUUUUGAAUGGCUUGCAGAUUAGCCCCCCCCUCCAUCUGCCUGUAUCUACCUUCAAACCCGUGGAGUGAGUGUGUACUGUAUGUAUGUGUGCGGUUGUCAUGUGGUACUGAGACAUGUGUAUUUGUGUGUGUCAGUCACUGACGGGGGGCCCUAGGGAGAACUUACAGGGAAAACCUCACAACCCACCCGUGCACCCAAAAUGUGUCUGCCCCUCCCUCCCAUGUCCACCAACGUCACACACACCCAUCAUCCCUCUCCUUUUGGCCUCCCCCCCCUGCACAGCAUGCAUGUCCCAGAGGUUCAACCCUGCCUGCCUGGACUAUCAUUCCUCUGGGGAUUUAAGCAGUGCUCUGUAUAGGCUACCGUGCUACACUCAAAGAACCCUUCAUAUGCUCCAUGGAGUACUUCAAAUUCAGCUCUAAAUAAUCAUUUGACUGUUAUUUUCCUGUUGUUGCACACUUACAGUGCAAGACCAAGUCUCCUAAGCACUGCUCAAAGCCCUGUGGGCCCCCUUUUUCAGGUACCGUUCUGUUCACCAUCCUGGGGGUAAGCAUGUCCCAAACUGAGCUUGCUGACAGUGAGGGGAUUUGGGGGAAUCUCGGCUAACCAGGCUGACAAAGACAAACAUCUGUCUGUGCUGCUGACAGAGGGGAGAAUGGUGGCUGUGUGUCGAGUGGUGUUCUGUUGUCAGGGGCAGCUGAUUGGUUGCAUGCUCGUAUCGAAUGAGGCAUGGUCAUUCCUCUUUACUGUACUAGAUGCGUUAGAUAGAUAGAUAUUUUAACACGCUACAUUUAAAGCAUGAUCUGUAGGACAGCCGGACAGGGAACCUCGCCCUGUUCUCCUGUUCCAAGUGGAUCUGUCCUCACAUUCAGCUGUUUAAACAAUCAUCCCCUACCCUGCAGAACAGAGUCCAACUCAACUCCCCCAGAGCUCUUAUCUGAUGGGGAUGUUAUUGAAGCCAGCUGCUGGCUCUAGCUGUCAUUCUUUGGGGUAGGGCGAAGGAAGAGUGAGGGGUGUUGGGAGUUACUUACCACAGAUAUGCGGCGUAUAGGAGAGAGGAACAGGAGGUCCUAGGCACUCAUGGGAUAUUGGGGUAGUAAGAGCCAGGAUUGGGGACUGGGACGGUGGGUGAGAGAGUGGUGGUGAGAGGAGAUCCCUGUAAGCACCCAGAGGGCUAAGAGUGAAGAAAGGAGAGGAGGGCCCCCCAAACUCCCAUCCCCACCACAUCCACCCUUCUCUAUGUGCCUCGAAUCUUCCUGCUUAACCAAUUGGUGUUUCUUUUUUACAGCGAUUUGAUCCUGCCCAUGUUGUGCUGAUGGUAAACUUAGUGGUAAAUGUUAUUUUUCCCCCGAUUGAAUUGUUUUUAUUUUAUUUUGUUUUUUUCCCUCCCAUUUCUUUCAUUUGUUGUUUUCCUGUCAUCAGAGCACCAAUGCUACAUAGGCUUUCAAUUCUCUCUCAGUAUUAGUACUCAUUCUGCUGCUUGUAUAUUAUCAUAUAUAUACAUUUACAUUACUCUUAGAAACAUUCUCAUUUUGUUUGUUUUCAGUUUUUAGUUUUUUUUAACCUUGUGAUUCACACUGUGAUUUAGAUGCACACUUUUUUGUCCGGUCCCUUUGUUGUCCACUGGAAUGGGUAAUGCUGAAGGUAUUGUCACUGUGUUUUUAAAAAUGGUUAUAGUUGGGGACAUCUCUUGUAAUUGUAAAAAAAAAAAAAGGUAUUUCAUGAAGAUUAGGUGCCUGGAUUGUGACUCCUCCCCUGUGUUCUCAGUGAACUGGUCCAUUGGUGGAGAGCUUUACUGCAGUGGCCUGUCUGUCCGUGGGCUGGUCUCAAGCAGUCCCCCUUGUGGUUGGACUGCUCAAUAUCCAUCCCCCUCUAAUUAGGGACUGAUUUAGACCUGGGUGCAAUUCAUUAUCAGUUGGAAUAGGCACUGCAUUGUCAUUUGGAUGUCUGCAUCGACCGUGCAGCAUUUAUGGUGAUACGGCCUCUGCGCAGGUCAGGACAUUGGUACGUCUUGCGCUUCGGGGAGCAGAGCUGUUGUCGAGGAAGUUUGUUUUUAUACAGGACCUCCCACCUACUGUCAAUCAAUCAUGUCAUUUCGGAGCAUUCAACAUUAUUACAAAAUGAUGAGGGGCACACGGAGAUGCGAUACGGAGCCUCAUUUGGCAAUUGCGUCACACCAUCCACCCUGCCUUAGUGUCCAACCGGCAGACAGACACUGUAGUGGGGUUUGGAGUCCAGACAGGCCCUUAUUUGAUCCACAUGCGGCUAUAAUUUAAGAAUUAGGAUUAUACCAUUGGGCUGUGACCAUAACAAGGAUACAAGAACAAUUCGGAGAACAGACAGAUGUUAAGAGAGGAUUCAAAUUCAUAAAAAAAAUAUUUAAAAAAACCCAUGGGCUAGGAAUUAAUUAGUCUCACAUCUGUAUUCUGGCACUAAUGAAUACAUUAGGUAUGUAAGCCUAUGCUGCUGCCCUAUUAUACAAAUGCUGAUUAUCACGCUGGCUUCCAUUGCAAUAGAGGACUGUAGUCAGUCGGCACAUAAGUCCUUAGUCACUGUAUUAUCACUAGCCCCUUUUAAUAAGUCUGGUUUUAUGCGAUCAGACCGCUAAUGUCGUUACAGCACCACAUUAUUAGUAUUAAUCACAUGAUUUAAGAUGCAAACCAAACAUGCUCUUUUAGCUUCAGAAUGCUAGUGAAGUAGGGGGGCAUGUGGAUUAGGAUUAAGCAAUAGUACAAGGGGGUGUGGGAUAUGGCCAAUAUAACACGGCUAAGGGCUGUUCUUAGUUACGACGCAACACAGCGGUCCUAGAUACAGCUGUUGGCUGUGGUAUAUUGGCCAUAUAUCACAAACCCCCGAGGUGCCUCAUUACUAUUAUAAACUGGUUAUCAAUGUAAUCAGAGCAGUAAAAAUUAUUUGUUUGUCAUACCCGUGGUAUAAGGUCUGAUAACCACGGAAGUGGUGUUGGAGGGCCAGUAGGAGGCACUCUUUCCUCUGGUCUAAAAAAAAAUAUCCCAAUGCCCCAGGGCAGUGAUUGGGGACACUGCCCUGUGUAGGGUGCCGUCUUUCGGAUGGGACGUUAAACGGGUGUCCUGACUCUCUGAGGUCAUUAAAGAUCCCAUGGCACUUAUCGUAAGAGUAGGGGUGUUAACCCCGGUGUCCUGGCUAAAUUCCCAAUCUGGCCCUCAAACCAUCAUGGUCACCUAAUAAUCCCCAGUUUACAAUUGGCUCAUUCAUCCCCCUCCUCUCCCCUGUAACUAUUCCCCGGGUCGUUGCUGCAAAUGAGAACGUGUUCUCAGUCAACUUACCUGGUAAAAUAACGGUAAAAUAAAUAAAAAAGAAUUCAGCCAAUCAGCAUUCAGGGCUCAACACCCAGUUUAAUAUGGCUAAUAGGUUGUGCUAUGUGGUAAUAAUAGUUAGUCAUUAUUUGUUUCUGAUUGUGGAUUUGUUAAUUCCUAGCCCUGUUAGCUAUAGACAAGCAUCUUUAAAAUGUUCAUAAUCGCACUUGCCCAAGGGUAUAAACUGAGUCUAAAAUUGAUCAAGAGAAUAAUAACGUAAUCUUGAGUAAGGAGAAAAAGAAAAAAAACUGAAACCAAACUGAAGUGCUGAUUGGACUCUUAUCUGAUUUACUGUGAACCUGGCUGCCAACCAACAGCCACUGCUGCAGCAGACUAGUCCAAAUUCUGUUUUGUGCCUUUUUGUUUUGAGAACCCCUGUCUGUCUGUCCAACCCCACCCCAUACCCUAUUUUCUCAGGUAAGUAUCCCCUCCCCUGCAAUGUCACCACGGCGAUUCCUGGCCUGUGACGUCACUCUGCUGUAGUUCAGUGCUUGUCCUUUAUUUACUCCCCCCCCCCCCCCCCCCCCCCCUCUCUCUCUCUCCCUCUCUCUCUCUGCUUCGUUUGGCUGAUUAUGAGUGGAUUAAGCAAUUACGUGUCAAAUCUCCAACAUAGUUUUGAUCUUUUUCUGUUUCAUUCUGUUUUCUGGUUGUUUUUGGUUGGUUCAUUUAUUUUUCUGAAGUUAAUUUCCUUCUGAUCUAGCUCUUUUCACAGCUUACGUAACAUGGCUUAAGUAGACUGAGGGAAAGAGGGGGAGAGUCUGUUAGGCCAGGGCCAUGAUGAGAGGCCUGGGGUAGAGGGGGACCAGAGGCUGGGUCUCCUAUGGGACAGUACAGGAGGUUGUGGGGUCAGUCACUGGGCAGUUCAGAGCCGGGUGAUGGGGAGGCUGUACUAUGUUGUCGCAGUGGUGUUCUGCUCAGUAAUCUGAAGCAGCUGCGUCAGCCAGCCCCUCUGGCAGUAUUGUCCUUGGUAAACUUGGCGUUCUUGUUGAACAGGACUGCGGUACUGGAGGAGGGAGGGGAGAGAGAGGCUACGCUCAGCACUUUGAGACUGGAGGGAGAUACUGCGACAGAUACAGGCUUAAACCCUGUCCUUGCCACUCCGUUUUUCUCCAGUAUACUUUAUCCCUCCGUUUCCUUGUCCUCUCCCCCUCCCUUAUCCAAGUGGACGUCUCUGAACUGCUCAUAUGACCUCUGCUGGUUACCUCUUAGAACUAGGAUCAGUGCAGCAAUUUGGAUGCAUCUUUCUAGAAAGAGAACCCAGCUGAGAAGUAGUCGGGGUACUUAAGCUGUGCUGUGCCUGGUGGCUAUGGUAAGCUGUGAGAAUGGCUGGUGUUUGGUUCACUGUAGCUUUUCUGGUCUCUUUGCACUUCAAGGCAAUAUUCUCUAACCCCAGCACCCUGUGCUCUAAAAGCAGGCUGUCCCUGAGCUGUCCCAGUGUCAGAGCCUCACCUACCCCUCUCUCUGUCUCUCUCCCCCCAGGACGCACCGACCCUGUGCCAAUCAUCCUCAAAUAUGAUGUCAUGGGGAUGGGACGUAUGGAGAUGGAGUUGGACGUUGCCGAAGAUGCUACAGAGAAGAGGAAAGUGCUGGAGGUGGAGAAGGAAGUCACAGAGGAAUUACAGCAGAAAUACAAGGACCAGGUGGAAAAGGAGAAGGCCAUCGCUAAAGCCCUGGAAGACCUGAGGGCCAACUUUUACUGUGAGCUGUGUGAGAAACAGUACCAGAAGCACCAAGAGUUUGACAACCACAUCAACUCGUACGACCACGCUCAUAAGCAGAGGCUUAAGGAGCUGAAGCAGAGGGAGUUUGCGAGAAACGUGUCAUCACGCUCCCGGAAGGGUGGGAAGAAGCAGGAGAAGCUGCUACGCAGGCUGCAUGAGCUAGCUGAGCAGAGGAAACAGCAGAACCGUACCCCGGGAAGUGGUCCCAUGUUCAAACCCACCACCGUGGCAGUAGACGGGGAGAAGGGUGAAGAGGGGAGUGCUGUAACCCCCGAGUAUGUUCCCCCUGCAGACACUGCCAUGGAGGGCUUGUCAGGGGAGGAGAAGAGCAGUAGGGGUCAGGCCUCCCCCAAACCAGCCACCACCAUCAACUUCUCCCUGGGGAAGAGGAGCUCAUCCCCGGCCGGGUCCUCCAAGGUCAGCGUGUCCUUCUCCUUCGCCAAGAAACCCCCGGUGAAGCUGGAGACGGUCGCAGCAGUGUUCGCUAAACUCCAUCAGGAUGAUGAGGAGGAGGAGGAGGGGGGACAGGAGGAGGGAGGGGAGAAGGCCGCGGGACAGGAGGAGACCUCCGGCUGCAGCACCGAGAGCCCCAAGGGAGGAGGAGGGGGGAAUGGAACAGCAGGGCCAGAGGAGGAGGAGCAGCAGGAGGAGCAACUACAUCAAGAACAACCAGAGCAGGAGGAAGAGGAUGACGGCGCCUCCCUAGCCUCCACUCUCAACAAGCUGAAGAUGAUGAUGAAGAAGGAGGAAGGCUGGGCCGGCCAGGAGCCUGAGUACUACCACUACAUCCCACCAACCCACUGCAGAGUCAAACCCCGCUUCCAGUUCCUGGUGUUCAUGAAGGCCACAGACCAGUGUGAGAUCAGGGAGCAAGAAGAAGAAGAAGAAGAGGUGGAAGAGAAGAAGACCGAGAAGGUGGUAGCAGAGGUUUCUGAGCAGACACAGCCAAAAGCUACUGAGUGCAAAUCAGACGAGCCAGAGAAGACUCCUGCAGCUCCAGUCACAGAGCCCACUCCUACAUCACCUAAACUGAAGACUGAAGAGGCCUCUGCCAGCUUCACAGACCCCCCUCCCACAACGGCCCCCACUGUAGUACCAGACAGCAAGCAGGAGACCCCAGUCCCAGAGCCCAACUCGGGCCCCAAAAUCCCCACCAGCCCCUUCUUCCUGGUCCUGAGCAAAGACGAGAGCACCACUCUGCAGUGGCCCUCGGAGCUGCUGGAUUUUACCAAGGCUCAGCCCGCCCUCUCUUACAGCUGCAACCCCCUGUACUUCGACUUCAAACUGUCCCGCAACAAAGGGGUCCGUGCUGGACGAGCAGCAAAGUCCUCCAAGCCCGCUGGUGAAGGAGCUGAGAAGAAAAACAAUCCUGAGGCAGCUGCUGCAGUCAACGAGGGGCAUGCUGCUGCUGCCACCACCACCCCUGGGCCCAGCACUGACAACACUGAUAAGGAGCAGCCCUCCUUAAAAAUAGAGGGUUCCCAAGGGGAGACUGAGGAGCAAAAACUACAGAGUAGCACAAGCGGAGCCAAGAAGAAGAAGAAAAAGAAGAAGAAGAAGCAUAAGAAAUCUGGGAAAGGCUCCAAGCGCAAAGAAAAAGAGAAGGGAGCCGUAGUGGACGGGGACGCGGAAACUGCGAUCCUAGGAGAGAAAACCAAAAAGAAGAAAAAACACAAACGAAAGAAGAGCAAAAACAAAGGUGAGGGGGAAGAGGGAGGUGGUGGUGAUAAGGAAAAGCCUAAAGAGGAAAAAGCAGUAGCCGCAACGGUUUCUAGUGCUCCCCCAGCACCAGCAGGAACAGGAUCUGCUACAGGAGCGGAACCCGGGAAAAGGAAACGACCAGCCAAAGAAGCACUUCAGAAGUCCGGGGCAGAGGAAGGUGGGGCAGGGAAAGGCUCUGACGAGGCCAAGCCCUCUGAGGAGCACAACGGCACCAAGCGUCUGAAGACAGACCCCAGCGCCCCACCCAGCGCUUCCUGCUCCUCCUCGGCCCAGAAGAGCCCCGGGCCAGGCAAACCACCCAGCAGUGAGAGUGAGGAGGAAGGAGGUGGAGGCUCAGCUUCCCGAUCCAGCCGCCGCAGGUCCACGCCCCGGGAGGGGCGCCGGCACCAGAGCGAUGACUCCGGCCGCUCCCGAAGCCGCUCGUCGCGUCGGGGAGACGGGCGAGGGAGCAGCCGGAGGCGGCACCGCGGCCAGGCAUCCCGUAGCCAGUCAGACUCCAGCAGCUCGGAGCGUUCCUCGAGCGCCUACAGCCGGCGCAGCCGCAGCUACUCAGACAGUUACAGUGACGACAGUGACGGGGGCCGCCACCGGAGACACUCUAAACGCUCCUCUGACUCCGAGUACGAUCGACGGGGAAGCGGCGGGCGGCGGCGCUCCAGAAGACGUCACUAUUCUUCCUCGUCCUCGGAGGACUCUCGCUCCCGCAGCCACAGCCGCAGGAAGAGGCACCAGCGGCGGCACCGGAGCAGCUCUCGGAGCUCUAGCAGCAGGAGCUGCAGCAGCAGCACCAGGUCGUGGAGACGCAGCUACAGCCGCAGCCACAGCUCAGCCAGCCGCUCCUCCAGCUCCACCAAGGGCUCCCCUUACCGGGGUCGUGGAGGCCAGGGGGGCCACAGGGGCCGGGCAGACAGCGCUACACGGCGCCGAGACUUCAACCGCUCCUGCAUCUACCGCUCCCAGUCCCCCCGCUCUGCCUCAUCACGAGCCCCAAACCGCAACAGCAGCUCCCAGAGCCAGAGGGCAGGGGGGUCCCGGGGAGAAGGAGGGGGAGACCAGAGGAACUCUUCCUCACACUUCACCGCCCGCCAGCUUCUGGAUAAGAUCCAGUCCAGGAAGGGAUCUGAUGUCCCAACCACAGGGACCAAAUCUGGCGCCAAGAUCAAGGACCCACCAUCGGGCUACUUUGGGCCCAAACUGCCUCCAGCUCUGGGCAAUAAGUCCAUGCUGCCCCUGUUCGGUAAGCUGCAGGCAGGGAAGAAAUUCCCUGCGAUCCCCCUGACCCGGCCCGAUGGUGGAGAGAAGUCAUCAGCAGGGAAAGGUUCAGAUGCCGGGGGAGAGGUCAUCCUGAUGGAGCCCAUCCGGGAGUUCCCCCCACCGCCUCCCCCUCCACCAGCUCAUAAGAAGGUGGAGGAGACGGUAGUAGUAGUCCAGGAAGCCCGCCACCUCACCCUGGACGCACGGGUUCUUCAUGAGCCCCGGCCGCUGUUCCAUCAGGAGCCCUCCAUGCUGAUGCCCCCAUACCAGGGCGAGCCGGGACAGGACCCCUCCCAGAACCCCAUGAUGGAGCCACUCAUGCCCGACAUGCAGCAGCAGCCACCCCCCAUGCACGCCUACCCCAACUACCCCCCGCCCAGCCUGGAGGAGGAGGACAUGGGCAUGGAGGCAGAGGAGAACGGUCUGGCCCCGCUGGAGAGCCAGCCCAUCACCUUCACCCCAGAGGAGAUGGAGAAGUACGGCAAGCUGCAGCAGGCCGCCCAGCAGCACAUCCAGCAGCAGCUCCUGGCCAAGCACAUCAAGACCUUCCCCUCAGCCGCAGCAGCACAGGCUGCAGCAAACAUGGCUGCAGCAGCGAACCAUCUGCAGCCGGCACCCCCUCCCCCCCAGCAGCAGAUGAUCCAGAUCCACCAGCCUGCCGUGUCUGCAGCCUCGGCUACCUCCAUCACCACAGUACAACACCUCAUCCAGCAGCACCAUGCCGCUCAGGCUGCAGCCAUGGGCAUCCACCCACACGGCCCCCACCCGCACCCCCAGUUAGCCCAGGUCCACCACAUCCCCCAGCACCACCUCACCCCCAUUUCCCUAUCUCACCUGGGACACUCUCUGGGCCACACUCUGGGCCACCAGUUGGGAGUGGGACACGCUGGACUGAUCCCUGCCCACCACACGGCCUUCCUCAAUGGCCAGCCCAUACACAUUAUCCCAGCCUCAGCACUUCAUCACCACAGCCCCUUAGCCCUCCACCACAUACCACACUCAUCCCUCUACCCAACGCUGUUCGCCCCCCGGCACUCUAACGCCGCUGCGGCAGCCGCACUGCAGCUUCACCCCUUCCUGCACCCCAUCUUCUCAGGGCAGGACCUCCAGCACCCCCCUAACCACGGCUCCUGAGAAAGACCUUCACUAGAGCCAUGUGUCCACAUCAGAGGAGGGUGUUUUGGCCAGAGCAGGCCUGGUUAAACAUCAGAGUUAACAUGGAGAGAGGGAGGUGUAGUGGCACCAUUGUGCAGCAGGUGAUGAUGAGAAUAUCAUCAGACUGGCCACCAUUAGACCACUGGCCAGACAGAGGUGCUGUGAUAUGCUGCCUGUGCAGAGGUAAACAACAGACAUUUACUGUGGGCUCUUUGAAUGGACCCCUCCGAACAGUUGACUGACAUUCACCCUGAGGUUUCUGGACAGGGUGGGAGAGGGUUUGAGGCAACCUCAAAUCUAAGACGGCAGUUUGUUUUGAAUGGGAACCCAGUUUAAAAGGGGGGGGGGAGCAGAAAUCUCUGGAGUAUUUUUUUUGUCCCACAGUUUAUAACUGAUUGUCGCUGUCAAUGUUCUUCUUUGUUUUUACAGCCAAAGAGACGCAGUGGCUGAAGCCAUAAGCAGGAUGGUGUUGGGGGAGAUGAGAUGGGGACAAGACGGGGUUUAGGGUGACAUCCAUGACUGGAAACAGCCUUGACUUUGUAAUGUAAUCUGGUGGCUCUAGUCUACUGCCUGAAUUCUGUUGUCAUUAAUAUCUAAUUUUCUCACAUGACUACUUGCUCUCUUCAUGACCCGUAAUAUUCACCAACAAUUUGUAAUACGGUAUGGUGUACAUAGAUCACUGAGCAAUGUGAAGUAUCCCUCUAAUAUGAUGGGCAUAUAAGGAAUGUUCUUUAUUACUGACUAAUGAAAUGUUGCCCAUAAGGAAAUUAAAAUGGUCACUGGUGGGGGAACACCGAUAAGAGGGGUGAAGCUCAAGUUUUAUUGGAGGUACUGUGGGGGGGUCUCACCCGCUUAGUGCUGUAGGGUUAAAGGUCAUGUUGUUCCAAGUGGUAGUGGUUGUAUAUUGAAAUGACUUGCACUGAAAUCUGUACAUCAAGAUGCUGCUUUCGCAUCAUGUAACAAAUGUAUGAUUGUAGUAUACUGCAAUAAUUGUAUUUUAUUUUGUUUUUGUUUCUAAAUUAUUUUCCAAAAUGCUCCUCAAAAGGUGAUGUUUUUCCUCUCGUGUAAUUUUUGCUCAAUGUAAAUAAAAUUGCUGUAGUUAACCCCAAUAACAUUCUAGGGGUUUGUUGCUACUGUAAAAAAUAAAAGAACUGAAGGAAUGAAGAUGGACAAGAAUACUUUAUCGAGGCAUUUUCUGAACUAUUAUCCUGUAUGGGAAGGAUUGGGUGACGGGACUGCCCUGUAAGGGACAGCAAUGGUAUGUCUUUUUUAAAUAUGAUGCGUCAACAAAUAAAGAGUUUUGAGUUGCUACA